AUGGCGACCAAGAUGGCAUUCAAUAGCUCGGCCGACGAGGAUGUCGCUCUUGAGAACAUGGGGUACCAGCAAGAAUUCAAACGAUCGUUUAGUUUGUUGGAUAUGGUGGGCUUCAGUUUCAGUAUUGUGACCUGCUGGACAGCCUUGAGCGGCGUCUUCAUCAUUGGCAUCCAGGCAGGUGGCCCACCUGUCAUGAUUUUCGGCUGGAUGGGGGUCUGUUUGGUCACCAUGCUCAUUGCCCUGGCAAUGGCCGAGAUGUGUUCGCGCUGGCCAGUAGCUGGAGGCCAAUACUCAUGGGUGGCCAUGUUAGCACCGCCUCGUGUUUCCCGACAGUUAUCAUAUAUAACCGGGUGGUUUAUGCUGGCCGGACUUAUUGCCAUGGGUGCGGUCAAUAAUUCCUUGGGAUCUAAUUAUAUCCUAGGUCAAGUCAACCUGGUCUUCCCAGACUUCGUUAUCGAGCGGUGGCACACCGUCCUGGUUGCCUGGGCCGUGGGGCUAUUCUCACUCGCCAUCAAUGUAUUCGCGCCGCACGCUCUGCAUCGUCUAUCCCGCUUCAUCUUGGUGUGGAACAUCACCUCGUUCAUCACUGUGAUCAUCACACUAUUGGCAACAAACCACCAGAAGCGAGAUACAGACUUUGUCUUCCACGAGUUCCGGAAUAUGACCGGCUUUGGUGCUUCGAUGGCCACUAUUAUUGGGAUUCUGCAAAGCUUUUUCAGCAUGUGCUGCUACGAUGCACCGAGUCAUAUGACAGAAGAGAUGACCCACGCCAGUCGAGAUGCACCGAGGGCAAUUAUCAUGACGGUCAUCAUGGGGGCUGUAACUGGACUGCUCUUCCUCCUGACACUGUGCUUUUGCAUGGGUAAUAUCGAAUCAACAGCCAAUUCAAGCACCGGGGUUCCCGUCAUCCAGAUCUUCUACGACUCAACCCAAAGCAAAGUCGGGACCUGCAUUCUAGCGAGUAUGAUCACCGUCAUCAUCAUGAUGUCGUCCAUCGGUCUCGCCGCUGAGGGAUCACGAUCAGUAUAUGCCUUUGCGCGAGACCGUGGGCUUCCAUUUUCGGGCUUGUGGUCUCAAGUCGAGCCGAGGAAGAAGAUACCUCUCUAUGCCAUUUUUCUCACUGUGGGAGUGCAGCUAGGCUUGAAUGCGAUCUACUUCGGUACGGAGACGGGGUUUGAAACGGUGAUUUCGAUAGCUACCACGGGCUUCUACGUUUCCUACAGUCUUGUCCUUUUUUCCAGACUACUUGGCUAUUUCUUCCGUCACCAAUCUCCCUCAUUCGACGGGCCAUAUUCAUUGCCGCUUCCAAUGUCACUCGGUUUCAGUGCGAUUGGCCUGCUAUUUCUGCUAUUCGCUUCUAUUACAUUUAAUUUCCCCUCUGGUGCUCCAGUCACCUCGGAAUCGAUGAAUUAUACCAGUGCAGCUAUCGGUCUGCUGACAUUGCUCAGCCUGGUGACCUGGUUUACUACUGCAACAAGUCAUUUUGCGGGGCCUUCUGAUGUCAGACAUUUGGUUGUCGAUGGCGUAGAAAGCCCACCGACAUUGCAGCCCGCGGAUGAUCUUAGACUGAGAACAAGCAAGGGAGAAUAA